AUGAUUUAUGUUGGAAAUCCUGGCUUCUUUUUUACUGCAGAUGACGUAGAAUGCUCUUAUAAUGGCAAGUUUAACAUUCUACUACAAUCUGACAAUGUUGUACUCCAUAAUGAUACGAUAGAAUCGCUUGUCUUUGUUGUUCCAUACGACUUUAAACAAUUUUUCAGAAAAUUAGUCAAAAAAUACAAACGAAACCUAAAUUUCGACAAAAUAUUCCAAUUUAGAAGCUCAGAAGAGCAAAAGACAUUCAAAGAAUACGCAAACACAUUUAAAUAA